GCAUGGCAGGACUUUGAAGAAACUGUAAACAGUUCCACAAAAGAUGCGCUAAUGGAUGACAGAGAAGCUCCUACAUACCGUCUUCAGAUAGAACCACAAGAUGGAUGUCAUCCGGGUGAAAGCGUGGAAAGGAGAGUAACGCCCUUGCCUUCUGUCUCAGAUGAAAAUGAAAAUCAGCUUGACGGGGACAGGCCUGCGGGUCUGACUGGCAGUGACAGUGCAAUGGGAAGAGCCACGGUGUUUGAACAGGACAGUCUCAACAAUAAUGAAAGCUGCCUGCCCCCCUGUGAGGUAGCCCCCAGUGAGACAGCAGAACAGACUCCAUGCGAAGGUCCCAAAGAUGAUCAGCCUUCCUCGGGACAGGACAAAAAACCACCUGGAAAAAGAAGUCCAAGAGCCAAAAAAGGGACUCCUAAGAAAGUACCUCCAGGAGACGCCACACCUUUAAUGCAGACAUCGAAUGCAGAGCUGCAGGCCGCUGGUGAGGAGGCUGCUGGAGUGAAUGCAAAUGACCCCCCCAAAGCUCCAGUGCCAGAACUGCAGCCACUCUUCUCCCUGAUCCGAGGGGAGGUGGAGCAGAUGGACUCCAGAGCACUUCCCCUCUUCCUCCAUCAGGUAGCUGAGACCUAUUUCCAGGAAGAGGACUAUGAGAAAGCAAUGAAAUUCAUUCAGCUUGAACGAUUGUAUCAUGAGCAACUGCUUGCAAAUCUUUCUGCCAUUCAAGAACAGUGGGAAACAAAAUGGAAAGCUGUCCAGCCACAUACAGUGCCGCCUCUGAGGAAUUCAGAAAAGGGAUUUAAUGGUGAAGAUUUCGAACAGCUUGCUAAAAUUUGCACAACUCAUCAAGACCCUCUGUUGGCCAAGCAUAAGAUAGCACCUGUGGAAAAGUCACUGGGAAGAAAAUGCUUUUCGAGGGUGACAGUGUCUGAAGAGCCAAAGGAAAGAGGAGCAACAGCCAAAGAACCAGAGACUGAAACCUGUCCUGGCAUGGAACCAAGCCGAGGCCAGCAUGAAGAACAGCCCCAGGAGAGCAGCCCCAGCUCUCAUCAAAUGGACUGGCAGGCAGCUUCCCCCAGCCUUCCAGUAACUGCAGGGAAGGAGCCCCUGUUUAGCACCAAUGCCAACACCCAGUCCCCAGAGACAGCCAGGAGCAGGUCAGGGCCAGAUGCUGCAGAGAGUGCCUGUGAGGAUGACAGCUGCUUGCAGGAGCCUCCCACAGAGGACCACCCCGGGGUGGCCGAGGACCCUAAGGGGUCUCCUCCUAGUGAGUCAGUGACAGAGCCGCAGCUCUCCCCGAGUGGUGACAGUAUACCUCCUGUGUUGAUUUCAGAGGGUAAAUAUUCAGAGACGCACCGAAAAGAGCUCUGCCUCCCUGUUCAGGGUGUACUUGAAGCUCUGCCCAGGGACCAGCCUCAGAGCAGUGAAUUGGACGAGUCACAGCAGCCUCACCUCCCAGCCACUGAUGGGAAAUCACCACACAGUCAGACUGACUUGGAGCCUGGCUCUGAGAAUGCACUCUGUGGUGACAGUAAAGCGUCUGACGUAAGGACACUGUGUCCAGAAGUGUGCAUGGCCCCAGAAGAAGGGCGGGAUAAGGAAGACGAAGUCAGUAAGGAAACAGAAGACUAUCUGAACAGCCUUCUGGAAGGAUGCUUAAAAGACGCCGAAGAGUCCCUCUCCUAUGAAGACAUCCAGGACGAGGACUCUGACCUCCUCCAAGACCUCUCUCCUGAAGAAGCAUCCUACAGUCUCCAGGAGAGCCUGCCUCCUGACGAGAGCUCGCUCUCCCUUGAUGAUCUGGCCAAGAAGAUAGAGAUCGCUGAGGCCGUUCCCGCAGAAGGGCUGGUGUCCAUAUUAAAGAAGAGGAAUGACACAAUAGGGGACCACCCUGCCCAAAUGCAGCAGAAGCCAGCUAAGCGGAGAGUGCGAUUCCAGGAAAUAGAUGAUAGCCUGGAUCAAGAUGAAGUGGGCAGCGGCUCCUGCAUCCUGCUCAUCCUGCUGUGCGUAGCCACUGUCUUCCUCAGUGUUGGAGGAACUGCACUCUACUGCACUGUGGGCGACAUGCAGUCUCCUGUGUGUACAGACUUUGCGGACAACGUGGACUUCUAUUACACUAAGCUACUGCAGGGCGUGGCAGGACUUAAACACUGGGUCUACCUCUCCUAGCAGCGAUUGGGACAGGCGUGCUGACAGACAGACAGUGAUGCAAAGGAGUCACGGAACAUUCCCCCUCCCCAGCAGCGGAGACCCAAGGACGGGCAAUAGAAACUGCCCAGAGACCUCUGUUAGAGUAAUCCACAGAAGGCGAAUACUUGCGUAGGCGCUGAGGACAGCAGGAGGGAGCCGUGGAGACCACGCCCCUCUCCUUGCUGCUUGCUUGUGUAGUGAAGCACACUGAGCAGAGUCACACCGGGCUCCCACUGAGGGUUAAAGGACAGUCCCAGUUUACAGUCAUUGUCCAUAGGCAUCGCUUCCCGCCAUCACGCAAUAAGUUUCUUUGUAAACAGAGAAAGUUACCUUAUGGUUUCAACACCGUUUUUUAGUUAAUCUUGGGAGCUGUGUAAUUUUAGCUUUGGACAUUAUUCUAGAUUCUGUUCUCCAUUUGUGAAAUGGUUGUGUGGGUGCGUGUUAUGUCUGAAGCAGUAACCACAAGUGGAUAUCCAGUAUAGAGUAAAAGAUGACCUUUAUUCUUUUAAUUUGACUACAAUGUGCAGGCACAAAUCUCUGGAGAAGGCUUACCUGUGAACUAGAUAAACUGUAGGAAUGUUGGCCUUGAAUUGAGAGACUGACAGAUCUGAGGCAAUGAAUUUGACAGGCCUGAAGGCAGGCACCAUGACAGAACUCCCAAGUCUCAGAUGAGAUUUCCCUGUGGCUUCUGUGCUGUCUGGAGCACUGAGUUCUUGUUCCACUGCUCAAGGGAAGCUUGACAAGCACCCGUUCCAUUCUGGAACCUAAGCCUAGGAACCCAAGUAAGGGGUAGUUCCUACUGUAUGGGUGCUCGUGGAAGGUGAACCCUUACUUUGUUGAAUGAAACAGGCCACCUCAUGAGACUGAGUAGUCGCAGGCUAUACCCUCAGGGGUGUGGACUAUGUGUUCCUAUCAUGGAUCACUGUGGACCCAGUCAUGGGGUCAGGAAGCAGAUAUUCAAUCAUACCUUAAGUAGACAAGUUUAAAUACCUUGUUUUGCUUAAAUCUGUCAUUAGGUGGCCUUUCCUUAUUUACGGUACAGUGAUCUAAUGUUUAGGAAGCCUCAUUUGACUUUUUAUAUUCUAGGCAAUGUCUUUUUUUAAAAAUCAUGAAUUAUAGUUUUUUAGCAAGUGAUCUUUAUGUUCCUCUUUUCCUGUUAGAAUCAUUUGGAAGGAAAUGGGAGAAAUUGCUUUGUAGUUGUUACUGGCUGGCACAGUACCUUUCUUUGUGUUUCUGCUUAUUUAUUUGGAACUUGUGAAUUUAAGGGCUUUUGUAUGAGUUGAGAGUGCGUUGCUGAGCAUGUAUUUGGUCAUCCCACCGCUACCUAUUUAAUUAGAUACUUAGUGUUUUGAUUUUGUACUAUUUCAGCUCCAUAUGUUUUAGGCUUAUUUUUAAAUUGACAUUUUUAUUUUUACUUACAACACUGUGUGGCUUAUCUCUUACCAUGUCACCGUAAAUUGUAAUAUUUUCAAUGGUUAUAGAUCAGAGUUAUUUAUUUAGAAGUAUACAGAAUACUGAAAUUUAGAUUCCUUAUGCCUAAGGCUGAUUUUAUUAGAAGAUUAUUUUAAUGCCCUAUUAUAAAUUUGAAGACCUUGUAUUCACAUCCUGUGUAAAAUGGGUCCCAUCAUCAGGGUACUUCUGCCAGAGGCUCUGUGGAAGGCGCUAGUGAGGUUGCCUAUGUGGGCCUCCUCAUGAUACACAGACAUGUUCCAUUUUCGUGAUUUCUAGCUGCUGGGAUUUGGUGACCCCCGUUUCUGCCGAUUUUACAUCAAAAAAAGUUAAAAUCUUCACCGUUUACCUCUCUUGGGUCACUCAGAGUCUUGUGUGAUCUCUGGUGUCAUAUUCGCCUCUCAGCCACUUUUUUGAAACCUGAGGUUUCCUGGGAGCCUUCAGAGAAGGAAAGGCCUAAACUGACACCUCACUAACCAGGGGCCCAGGGUGUGUCAGAGGAACCCGGUGCUCACCACUUCAGGGGCCACAGAGUGAUCAGGAGUAGGCUGACCUCUUGACUUAAAGUGGGCAUGAACUCUCACCUAGAAAACCCAGGACUCAUUUUAAAAUGUAAUAGCCAUUUACUGCAUGAAUUGGAGUGUCCCACCUGGAGAUGAGAGGAUGUUAGUUACCCCACGCAUAAAGAAUUCAUCCAGCAUACUGAAAUGUAUUUCUCCUCUCAUUCGGAAGUAAUGACAACUAUUUAUAACUAGCCUUCUUAAGAACUGUGUCUGAGGGUGUCAAAUCAAGCUUGUAAUUUAAAAUCUAUACCAACAAAA